ACGACACCAGAGCCAAAGGACGGAGCUCAGCCACCUUCACUCUUACUUCUAGACUCUCCUUCAACAGUAUUUCAUUCUCUUCGUCUUCCUUCAAAUCUCUUUGAACAAACCGAAUUACACGUGAUUCGAAGCAACUCUCACCAAAUCAAAUCUCCAUAUCUUGAAGAAACUUCUCGAUGCCUUCGAUUCUGAAUUCGCGUGAAUUUCACUGAAAUUUGAAGCAGAUUUCAAUCUCUAUAGCUGAAAACGUGCUUUCUGACAUCUUAAUUUACUUUCUCCAUCCUCAAAUCUCGAGUCAACGGUUAAGAAUCCAUAGCUGAGAGCAGAAGGAAUACAGAGAGCUGUCAAUAAAUUCAAGCUUUUCGCGUGAGAUUUUGAUUUUUCGUUUGAAUUUGACGAUGAAACCCUAAAAAUGGUGGAGAAGUUGAAGUGAGGAUGAGAGAGGUGAAGAGGAAGGCGAUUCAGCUGAAACCAUCGUACAAAUGGAAGAGGAAGGCGUUGGCAUUACUACUGGUGGCCUUCUGUGUCGCGAGCUUGGUGUUGAUGGAGACGCAGUACACGCAGAUCGUGUCGCUUUCUGCUCUGCACCACCGUUUCGUUGCGAAGAAGAAGAUAGCAUUUCUUUUCAUCGCGCGAAAUCGGCUUCCUCUCGAAAUGGUUUGGGAUGCAUUUUUUAAGGGAGAAAACAGAUUUUCAAUUUACGUUCACUCUAGGCCUGGAUUUAUAUUCAACAAGGCAACCACAAGAUCUGUAAAUUUUUUAAAUCGUCAAGUUAAUGAUAGCAUACAGGCAAACUGGGGAGAAGCAAGCAUGAUUGAGGCGGAGCGUAUAUUGCUUAGACACGCAUUGACGGAUCCUUUAAAUGAACGCUUUGUUUUUCUUUCAGACAGCUGCAUACCUCUUUACAACUUCAGUUACACAUAUAACUAUAUUAUGUCAACAUCAACUAGUUUCGUAGACAGCUUUGCUGAUACAAAGGAAGGCCGCUACAAUCCAAAGAUGUUUCCUGUUAUUCCUGUUCAUAACUGGAGAAAAGGAUCUCAGUGGGUUGUUCUGACCAAAAAGCAUGCAGAGGUUGUUGUAAAUGACACUACUGUCUUUGCCAUGUUUCAACAGCAUUGCAAGAGGAGAUCACUACCUGAGUUUUGGCGAGAUCGUUCUUUUCCAGUUGAUCCAGCCAAGGAGCACAAUUGUAUACCAGAUGAACAUUAUGUUCAGACACUGCUGGCUCAAGAAGAUCUUGAAGGAGAAGUUACGCGAAGAUCAUUGACUUAUUCUGCAUGGGAUCUUUCAGCCUCUAAAGAUCGUGAACGCCGUGGCUGGCAUCCAGUGACUUAUAAGUUUUCUGAUGCCACUCCCAUGCUUAUUAAAUCUAUAAAGGAAAUUGAUAAUAUUUAUUAUGAGACAGAAUACAGAAGAGAAUGGUGUACCAGCAAGGGGAAACCAGCUCCUUGCUUUCUUUUUGCCAGAAAAUUCACCAGACCUGCUGCUCUUCACCUUCUGGAUAUGUCUGUUCUGGGGGUUCAAAAUGAAGCUAAAAGUGAAUCGUAGCCAUUGCAAGUGGAUUUCGAUAGUCAUUCUAACAUGGGUAGUUUGUUACACUUAAAGCUGUUGUAUUAUGCCAAAAGAAAUAAUGAUUCUGUAGAUUAGGUGGAAAGGUAUGAAUACAUACUGUACGAUUCAGUAUAUUUUCUCAUUUUUUUGGAAUAAUAUCAGAAUAAGGUGAAAAGUAAUAAAAUAUGAUGGUUUUC